GAUCGUCCGAAUAUUCUGGAAAGGAACUACACUCUAAUUCUGGAGAGUCCAAUUGGCACUCUCGAGUUCAGGAAACAGAAUUUCGGACGGAGAUACGAGGAAGACGAUCGAGUUCUGCAAUUCCGCAACCAGUCCUGGCUGUUUAUCAUGCCGUCGAAGGAUGCCCCCGAGGACGCAUCAGUUCUUCGCACCUUUCAGCAGCUAUUUUUCGACUGUGAAGCAAGCCAACCAGUCGAAGGAGCUGCUUCUUUCGUCCAACAACCAGCGUUCCAGGAACUGAGCAAGCUCUAUCGCCACUAUAUGCAGUCGCAGCAGAACGUGAUGCUGAACGAGACUCGAUCUGCAAACGGGGAUCACAGUCUAAGCUGCUGCAGAUGCUUAUGUACGUACAGUGUAUGUCGCCUGGUCUACCAAGUACCAUGA